UUCAUCGCACAAUAUACAUGUAUACAACCAGUGCAUGUUUUGCUAGUCUCUAAACUACACAAAUAUAUUACAACAACAAUCAAUGAGACACCCAGUGUCUACGCUUCUUUCAAAACAACGCACACAAAACACCAAACGCCCUUCAUGCCCCCCAAGAGACAAACGCCUAAAGACACUCCUCUUCCUGAGGAAGUGAACUCACUUCCUGUUGAUGGAGACCUCAACUCUCAGAUAGCAGCAGCCAUCCUCUACCUGUCUAAAUUGGUAGGUCAGCAAAACUCAUCAGCAGCUGCCCAGGGGAAUUACGCACCUCGAGGGAUCUCUAUCCCAGAAGCCUCUGAUAUCCCCACAUUUACCGGUCCCAUUCGUGAUGUUCCAGCUGUCAUUCUUCACACCGACCGCCUGUACAAGCUUCUUCGGACUUACUCUCUUUUUUCCCCCGGAAACGACGAUGUGCGGGAAGAGAAUCGGCGAGUAACCAUCCUGGAGCUGGCGAAUAACUCCAUCGAAUGUAAAGCACUGCAAGCAUGGGUGAGGACUACUGGUCGGAUGAUGGAAGAGGAUGGCGAGUCGGGAUGGGAGGAAUGUAUUGUGGCUUUCAAGGACGCUGCGAUGCCUUUAGAGUGGGCUCAGAAAGAAUUUCGUUCACUUUUCCGCCUGCAGUUCAAUCAAGUUAGCGAUUGGCCUACUUUCGAUCAGCAAGCCAUACAACACCGUCAUAAUUUGAUGGGCACCGAGCUCUAUCCCAGCGACACCUUUAUGGCCAACCUUUACCGCGCUGCAUGUCCUGAGAUCCUGUUCCUUCGUUUGAUGACAAAGCCGGAGUUUAAGAAUGGAAGUUUGAGUGAGGUCUGCACUCAAUUACAGUUAGAAGUCAGAAAGUACUUGGAGGAGAAAAAAGAGCAAUUCACACCCACUCGUGCCAAGGCUCAAAAUUCGGCGACCCCGCAGACCCAGCCGCACCUGGCUCACCCUGUCAGCCACUAUUAUCAAGCUCAAAACCCCUUACCUUAUUAUCUCUCUCCUGCCGGUAAACACAUUCGCAAACUUUUCGCCAAAGAAAACCGAUGCAACGAUUGCCGCAAGGUUGGUCACAAUUUCAAAACCUGUCCCAGCCGCCGUCCUUCCAUGCGUUCCAAUCCACAUCCAGUCGACAACCACGAAGACCUUAUCCAAGAACUUACCAGUCAGCUUGACGAUUACCUCAAGCUCGAGACAUUCCUUGACCUGGAUGAGACCUCAUGGCAACUGGCUCCUCGUCGAUUAUUAUAAUCGAAAAUUACUUGUGCUGGAGACGAAGCUUGUGUAUUGCACGCAACCGAGAUUGGUUAGGCGAUGAUUAACUUAAGAAGACCGGCUAUUGCGUUGAAACCAUCGGAGAGAUGAAGAAACGGAUUGAUGGAGAAGAGAAGACGAGCAUAAACAACAAAAAAGUAGUAGUGCUGGCGUUAUGAUGCCGUCUGUUACCAUUUCGCCUUCUUGUGGCAAAAAGUUGCUCAUUGUACACAAUAUGC